UAAAACAACGAGACACCCAAAAAGCAGGGACCAUGAUUUUCCUCUUCUAAUGGCUAAGCUCUCUCUAAAUUGGUCAGCUUUCCCACCUCCAUAUCAGUCUCCCAGACUCACACAAACUUCUCCAUGUUCUACUCUCAGUAUAGCCAAAGCUUCAAAACCCAUAGUGGUCUGUGGCAACCCACCCACUUUUGUCUCUGCUCCUGGUCGACGUAUUGUUGCAGAGUUGAAUGUGCUAGUUGGGGACCUGCAUGGGGAUCUUGCCCAAGCGAGAUGUGCACUUGAGAUGGCUGGGGUCUUAAGUUCUAAUGGUCAAAACUUAUGGACUGGUGGAGACACGGUAUUGGUUCAGCUUGGAGAUAUACUUGAUCGAGGAGAAGAUGAAAUAGCUAUCUUAUCCUUAUUGCGGUCAUUGGAUAUCCAGGCGAAAGCUAGUGGUGGAGCAGUUUUCCAGGUUAACGGAAACCAUGAGACUAUGAAUGUGGAAGGGGAUUUCAGAUAUGUUGAUUCAGGGGCAUUUGAUGAGUGUACAGAUUUCCUUGAAUACUUGGAUGACUAUGGAGGGAACUGGGAAGAAGCUUUUCUUGGUUGGGUUGGUGUUUCUGAAAAGUGGAAAGAAGAUCGAAAAAUGUUCCAAAAUUCUUGGGGUCCAUGGAACCUAGUGAAGAAGCAAAAGGGGGUGAUUGCUAGAUCAAUUCUUCUAAGACCAGGGGGUCUAUUGGCAUGCGAGCUUGCACGACAUGCUGUUGUUCUUAAAAUCGAUGACUGGGUGUUUUGUCAUGGUGGACUUCUUCCUCACCAUGUUGCAUAUGGCAUAGAGAGAAUGAACAGGGAAGUAUCUCAUUGGAUGAGAGGUCUCACUGAUAAUGAUAAUGAUCGUCCAAUUCCUUUCAUGGCAACCAGGGGCUAUGACAGUGUUGUUUGGAACCGCUUAUACUCUCGAGAUGUUUCAGAUUUUGCGGACUACCAGAAUAACCAACAGAUAUAUUCUCUUCUUGAAGAGACACUGCAAGCAGUAGGUGCUAAGGCCAUGGUGGUUGGGCAUACUCCUCAAACUGUAGGAGUAAAUUGUAAAUAUGAUUGUAGUAUAUGGCGUAUUGAUGUGGGAAUGUCCAGUGGAGUUCUUAAUUCAAGACCAGAGGUUCUUGAAAUAAGAGACAAUACAGCAAGAGUUAUAAGGAGCAAAAGAGACAGGUUUAAUGAACGUCAGGUUGUUGAUUAUACAUAAGCCCAGAAUAUGAACCGACAGAGUAUAACAGGAAAUACUGGGUACUUCCCUUCCCAUUCACAUUCGAUUUAUAGCUUGUUGGACUGUCUACCAUGGUCGACACUUUCUGUUAAAAGGGGUUAGUUCAAUGAUGCAAACUGAGCUGCCUUUGGCAAUUUAAGUAAGAGCACAAAGACAGGCAAAGCAAACUUUGUAUCACAUCCAGGAGGUAAAACUUACUCCUAAUUGAUUUUAGGACCUGUCUUUGUGUUGAAUGAAAUUGUCCUACUGAAACAUAGGACUCAAAUGCAGAACUUGUUGAAUAUGAAUGAGAUCAACAACAAAUAUUGUCACUUGAGAAAAUAUUAGUAUUAGGAUUUGGAGUUUGGUUGUGGAUUUCUUCAUUCUUAGCUCUAUUGGAGAGAAUCUUACUAUGGAUUAAUACAACAAACAAAUAAUAAUUAUUUAUCA